AUGAUGAGCGUUUUCUUGUUCGUCCCAAAUAUACUUGGUUACAUACGAAUCAUACUUUUAUUUCAAGCAUGCUAUUUUAUGAAAACUAAUUGUGAAUUGACCCUUUUAACGUAUAUCAUUUCGUGUUUAUUGGAUGCGGUCGAUGGAUGUGCUGCACGCGCACUAAACCAAAGUACGAAGUUUGGUGCUAUGUUGGACAUGAUUGUUGACCGAUGCUCAACAAUGUGUUUAUUGGCUUGCCUCACUUAUUUUUAUCCAUCCUACAUGCUUUUUUUUCAAAUCAGCAUGAUUAUAGAUAUAGCUAGCCAUUGGUUACAUUUACACAGUUCUGUUCUAUCAGGAAAAUCAAGUCACAAAUUUAUCGAUCUUAAAGCGAAUCGAUUUCUCAAAUUGUACUAUACAAACAGGGUCGUUCUGUUCUUAAUGUGUGCAGGAAAUGAACUUUUCUAUACAAUGCUUUAUAUAUACCACUUCUAUUCCGGACCAAGAGUAUUUUCUUUUGGACUAUGGAGUUUAUUGAUUUGUUUAACAGCACCAAUAGCGUUUCUGAAAAUGUUGAUUAGCCUUAUUCAGCUUCAUGCAGCUUGUGUGAAUAUGGUUUCAUUGGACGAACUAGAAAGGUCUCAGAAUAAAGCAGAUUAA